ACAGCCUCCCACUAAUCACGCUGCUCUGUUCACGUCGUUGGAACAAAAAGAAAAUCGCGCCGGUUGGUUCGUUCGUUCCUGCGUCCGUGCACUUGCUAGCGAUUUCGCAUUGGAGGGAGCGGUACGACUUCUUUCCUUUCCAACAGCUGUGUGGUGCGUGCGACAUGUGCAGCCCGCCGACCGACGGCGCGCACCAGUCCCAGUCGGAAUCUCAGGAGCGGCCGCUGCCUGCUGGUUUGCAGGUAGUACCGUAGUACAAGGAGGGUCGCCGCUUUGAUCCGUACGGACGGUGGAGACGGGUUGGUGAGCAGCAGCAUGUGGCAUGGCGGAAGAAAAUGGUCGCAUGCUUCGGAGCGAACGACCCUGUCUAUCGUAUGACAUGUGUAUUCGUGAACCUUCAAGCGGCGAGUGUAUCUGCCCGCCGCCGGUGCUGGCUUAGUCGCCUCGGCUGCUCCAUCAAAUGCCACCCAUGUCCGGCGAGCUCGCAGUUGAACGACCCUCACAUCCCUGGUACGGCGAGGGGAAGAUGAGAAGCAGGAGCCAGCAGAGAGCGAACCCAUCAGCGGUAGCGUACCCAUCACCUUCCCGAUGCUCACACGCUCGAACUACAACGAGUGGGUGUUGAUCAUGGAGUGCAACCUCCAUGCGGCGAGCCUCUAGGCUCCCAUGGAGGACGACCUGGUCGAGAGAAAGGAGGACAGGAAAGCCGUGGCGGCCCUCAUGCGCGCCACGCCGCCGGAGAUGCGCGGCAUGCUCGCGGCAAAGGCAAGCGCCAAGGAGGAGUGGGAAGCCAUCCGUACCCAGCGCCUCGGCAACAACCGCGUGCGCGAGGCGAACGCGCAAAAGCUGCGGGCGGACUUCGAGAACAUCGCCUUCAAGGAGGGCGAGCUCGUCGACGACUUCGCCAUGCGGAUCUCCAGCGUUGCGUCACAACUCCGAGCGCUUGGUGACACCAUGGACGAUGCGAGAGUCGUGCGGAAAUUUCUCCGCGUUGUGCCACCUCGCUUCGCUCAGGUAGCGGUCUCCAUCGAGACCUUGCUUGACCUGAGUGAGCUCUCCAUCGAGGAGCUCAUGGGCCGGUUGUGGGUGGUCGAGGACCGCCUUGACGACGGCCGCGAGAGCUUCGGCGGCGGACAACUCCUAUUCUCAAAGAAGUGGGAGGCGAGGCAGCAUCAAGGACGUGGUGGCGGUGCCCAGAGCAGCGGAGGCGGCACCGGCAGAGGCGGCGGUCGCACCCAGGGCGGAGCCGGACGAGGUGCCGGCAACGACGACCGGGACAAGUGUCGAUAUUGCAACAUCAAGGGCCACUGGGCCCGUGAGUGCCGCAAGAGGAUGGCUGACGAGGAUGCCGCGGCCGCGGCAAACCUCGUCGAGGCUGAAGAGGACGGUGGGCCAGCAAUGAUGAUGGCUUGCGUCGAGACCAUGCAGGAGGGCGCAGCGCCUCCGACGACCAUGGUCCCGACAAGUAUCGAAGCCGUGCAGGAGGGCGCAACACCUCCGGCGACCACGGUGCCGGCAACCGUUAAGUCCGUGCGGGAGGCAUGGAGCUCUUCAAGUAAUCCCCUCCCGACAUCGGUAGCGCUCUCCCCGACAACAAUGUUCUCGGGGAGACUACGAUUGGGAGGAGAUGAAGACCCGGGUGUGGGGGAGCCACGCCCCGGCAACCACGUCCCCUGCAACGUUGGUCAAGCCCGUGCAAGUUGGCACGACAAAGGCGUACCCGACAUCCUCGGGACCCGACAAGCCCGUGUCAGGAGGCACGGCAAUGACGCAUCUAGUGGGCCACGUCCCGACCAUGAUGCUGGCAACCAGUGAGCCCGUGCAAGAGGCACGACACUCUAAGGUCGGCCCCACCCCGACAACCACGUUCUCGGGGUUCUGCAAGCCCGUGUGGGCGACACGGCACUCUUCGACAAGCCUCAACUAGGAGGCAAUGAAGAGACGGUCAUGGGGCGGCAAGGUCUCGACCGAGACUAUGGCGACCAUUAAGUCCAUGAAGGAGGCACAACGCUCUAUGGUUGGCCACGCCGCAACCCAGACGCGCUCGGGGUCCAUCGAGUCCGUGCGGGAGGCACGACUCACAACUAUUAGGGGAGACCCGACAAGCAAGUUUGAUGGGAAGAGCGACAAGGAAUCCACUACCUUGGGAGAAGCCACACCGGGUAGUGCGAUGUCCGACAAGUCAUCCCCGGGAAGGGAGUUCCCGGGUAUCAUGACGUCUGACACGUCGACCCAGGAAGGGAGUUCCUCGGCAGUGUGAUGUCAGGAACUACGACUCCAGCAACACUGACGCCUACGAGCGAGGUGGUUUGUGGGCAGUUCAUGUUCCUGCCAACAGCGCGGUCAGACUUGUUCGAUGCCGACAACAACGUUGGCACUCCACAGAGGUUCCGACGCCUAGGGGGAUAUUCUCGGCGAGCCUACGGGACGAUCGCAGCACUGCGAGAUCAAAAAGGACGAGUACGGCGUACGGGCUACUCAAACUACGAGAAGACAGACAUCCCAAAGAAGACACUUGGUCGCGUUUGGUUCCAGGAACCACGCGGGAAGAUCGGGAUCAUGGAAACAAGCUCCUUCGACAAGGUUGGGGAGGAGAUUGUUGGGUCAACCUGGUCUUCGGAUGGUCUUCAGCAUGCAUGUAGCAGCACAGCUUGCAUGCAACGGCAGUAGUAGUUAUUACUUAGCUAUGAAGUGAUAGAAGGUAGUAGUAGCUGCAUGUCGGCAAUAGUAAUUUCCUGAGCAGUACAGGAGGCGUGGCUUAGUAGCUAAGCUUUACAGCGUAAGUCAUGAUGUCAUUUAGGCACUGGAUGUCAGCACAUGCGUUCUAUAGUCGGUUUGUAAUCCCCUAUAAAAGGAGCACUACUCUAUCGAUGUAAGAUCAUUCCACUCCGAUCAAUUCAAGUAGUAUCUUUUCUCAAGUGUAGCUCCAUCGGUGCAUGCUUCACUAGUCUGUGUGUGCGUACUAGCCUAGAGAGCCUGAGCGUACCAUCACUUUGCUCUUUCACCGGUCAUCUAUCAGUAUACUCGAGUGCUAGCGAGUAGUUCUGGCCUAACACUCAAUGGGUGCGACGCAGAAGGAGACGCCGGGGCGGAGAAUGGCAGGGAUGGAGGAGUUGAUGGGGAUGGUGCCAGCGGUUGGACAUGAUCUGCCUGCUGUUCGCGCUUCGGCGCUUGUGCUAGCACUGCUGGACGGAAGAGAAAGAGAGUGGAGAGAGAGGCCAGAGGUGGACGAAAGGAGAUGUGCUUUGAGAUUCGUUUUUCCAGGUGUUAUCAUCGCGAGAGGGUCUCACGACGCAGAACGUGCGACCUGGGUCGCAUAAGAUUCUUUUUUUCUGGCGGGGCAUGGCAACGCACAAUCAAGCCCAUCACUCACUCCGCACCGCAGCUCCAACUGACCAUUCACGGAUUGGAGUAGCAGCGACGGUCCGACGUGGUUAGCGCAAAGCGGGGCAUGGCCGCAUGGAUGGGGCAGCUGCUUUGCGGCCGUUGCUAUGCUGGCACGACCUCCUCGGGUGGAACGUGCGCCGCGCGCGCGAGCAGAGCGCGCACGCACGCACGCCACCGUCUGGCGACGAUGGGCGCACGCGGCCGCGGCACAUAGGUUCGCGCGCGCUGUGGACAACCGGGCUUGGGUUGACUCCAGGUCGACAACGGUGGAGUCCGACACCGGGACAUGCCGAAACCGCCCGCGCCGGCGCGGCCCCGCCAUCCCCCGCGCACGCCGACACCCCCGAUGCCGAUGCCGAUGCGCCCACACGUUUUCCCGCGGGAUCCCUGCGUCCACCACACCCGUCUUCGCCUAUAUACUGCUACCUCGCUCCUCCAUUCCCACUCCCCAAGACCUCACCUUCCCUCACAAACCACAGAGCCGCACGCACACCAUCCUCUUCCUCCUCCUCCUGCACCACACUCACACUAGCUGCACCUGCGCUGCACGCCGGCCUUCCAACUUCCAACGUGCUUCAGUUCUCACUGAUCAUCGUCAGCCUCGCCGUAUGGAUGCCAUGUCGUGCCUGGGGCCGCCACCAUCCACGUCGUUCCUCUCGCCCUACUACACCGACGCCGCCAUCAUGCAAGCGCUGCACUUCUCCUCCAUGUCCAUGCCCGAGCACGAGCACGCUUACUCCCCCGCAGUCUCCUCCCCGUCCUCCGCCUCGGCGCCCUCAUCGUCGUCCCUCCUCCCGGACUUCCCCGGCGGUGGCAGCUGGUUCGCGUCCACGGCCUCCCCGCCGACGGGAUCGCUCGCCUGCGACUCCAUCGCGCCGUCCACACCCGUGGGCGCCGCGACGAACAAGAGGCGGGUGGGCCUGGGGCCCAACGCAGCGGUCGCCGGGCGGGUUGGGAAGCGUCGGGCGAGGCCGUCGAAGCGCGCGCCGACCACGUACAUCAGCACCGACGCCGUCAAUUUCCGACUCAUGGUGCAGCACGUCACGGGCGCCCAGGCCGAGCCCACGGCAGACGGCGCAUUCCUGCCCGCGUCGUUCGACACGUCCUCCGCCUCGGCGCUGCUGGACGGCCUCCCUUUCGACGGCGCGCUCGGGGACGCGCUGCGGCUGCCGUCGGACGUCGACGCGGAGGCGCUCCAUCGCCACCACCACCAGCAGCAGCACGCGUGCUACCCGACGCUGGACUCGUGGAGCGUCAUGUGCGAGAGCAGUCAGCUAUAACUUCGCCUAGACGACAGAAGAACACCAACACAAACUCAACAUCACACCAUUAUCUCAGACAAGACUAACUAGGACUAAAGUAAGCAUUGCACGACGAAUCAGGGACUGUCUGGAUGGUUACCAAAGGUGCACCUUGCCAAUAUUUUGGUCAUGACUAAAACAUUGGCCUUUGUUUGGAUGAAGGGCUUCCUUACCAACUCUGGUAAUUUUUUCUAGUCAAAGUUGUCCAAUCCAUCGGCAAGCAAAACCUCAACCAAAAAUUUGGCAAUUGGGCAGUCCUAGGCACAAAACAAAGAGACCUUAGGGCACGGAUAAUGCCAAAAACAGAUCCAUGCACUCUCCAAACCUCUCUGGCAACAGGACAGAGGAAAAAGAACAAUGUUGUAGAGAUUCAAUUCGAUCACAAAAGGAGGAAGAGAGAUUUUCAAUUUUUCUUAUCAUUUUUUUCCUCUUCACGUCACCCCUCUAGUUAUGUCGAUGGGUGAUCUCGAUAUCAGUGAUCAGAGGGCUCACAUCUUAGAGAAUCGGCAAGGCGUCGAACACAUCGAAUCUUUAGAUAUGGAGGCUUUGCUUAUCCAGGUUCAGGCCAGUGAGAAGGUGUAAUACCCUAUGUCAUGCGUGUGUUCUUGCUGAAAUGUAUGUGCAUGUUAUAAGAUUGUUCCUCC